AGAGCAGAUGCGGCGGCAACAGGAGCAGAUGCGGCAAGAUCAGAUGCGGCGACAACAGGAGCAGCUGCGGCAAGAUCAGAUGCGGCGGCAGCGCGAGCAGAUGGACCGCGAUCGGAGGAUGCGCGAGGACUCGGCCCGUCGCCAGCGCGAGGCCAACGCCCGCCGCGUUGCCGUCACCCAGCAGGUCACCGCCAUGCAGCACGCAACAAUGGCAGCGGCAGCGAGCGGCAGUGGCGGGACCCCGAGUGCACCGCCGGCGCCGGAGCCCGGCGAUGCCGACUUUGUCGAUGUCGACGACAUUGAUUGGGACAACUGGAAGCCGCCGGUCGGCCCGGGCGGGUACACCUUUUUCGCCGACGGGCCGGUCAAGUUUGCCACCUUGCCGGACGGCUCGUCAAUCUCGAAGCAGGGCGGCCAGCUGAUCAUCAUGACCGAGGCCGGCGGCUUUGCCGACAUUCCCGGGCCCAAGAAGUGGACGUCGGCCGCCGAGUCGGCCGCCCGACGCGCUCAGCUCCCGGCCGAGCCGGUCAACCGUGCCGGCAACGUCGUCAAGCUCUCAAAGGCCCGGAUGGCGAUUACAGGCUCGGCGCGGUGGCAAAAGCGGUUCCUUGUCAUGAUCGGCUCGGUCUUCUCGUACUACAAGACCGAGGCUGAGGCCAGCGACGCCGCACUCGCCCGCGGCGUCUUCACCUUUGGCGCCGGCUCGACGGUGUCCGCGGUCGAAUCCACGACGCCACGGCAAAAGGACGCGUUCGAACUCAAGGCCCAAAACCCGUCAGUGUUCAAGAUGAUGGUCUCGCCCAUGUCGGUUGUCUCGCCCACGCUUGGCGUCGUCGGCCGCGACAACGUCUUUGCCAUCCACAUUCCGGCGCGCCACGGCGAGAUGGCCAAUGAUAUGGUUGACAUCGUGUCCACAUCGUCAGUCUUCUCGAUGGCCUCCAAGAUCAACGCUGCUCGAGAGGCUACGCGCGCGCGCACCUACUACUUUCAGUGUACGACGGCCGCCGAGCGCGAUGCCUGGAUCGCUGCCAUCCAGACCAACCUUGCCAUUGCAGUCGCCAACGGCGAAAUGCGCGAGAAGCAGGUAAGUGAGUUCCACAAGACCUUCUCGCGCCUCCUCACCGACAACGAGCUUGCCGGCCUGGACAUCGGCAUGCUCUUUGACGAGUUUUACCUCACGCCAGCGCAGCGCGCCGCCGCUGCUGCUGCGCCGCCGCCACAGCCGUCGGCCCCGCCGGCUGACGCGUCUGCGCCGCCGCCGUCUGCGCCGCCGCCGUCUGCGCCGCCGCCGUCUGCGCCGCCCGCAGGCGGGGGCGGGGCGGCCAAGGUCUACAUGCCGGCGCAAGCCCAGCCCGCGCUCUUCACACCUGCUGCACCUCCUGGUGGAGCCGGCGUUCCAGGCGUCGCCGUCGACAUCGGUGCGUUUGCGAACGUCUCGUCGGCGUCACUCCUCGAGGCGCCGCCGCCGUACACUCCGUAGCGCGCCACACGCGCCUCAUUUCAACUACGAGCGCAUCACAUAUCAAA